AUGGCAGACGACGCUCCAAAGCCGGGGUCUCACGAUGCUCUGGUCAAUGCUUCUGCCGGUGAACCCGCGGAGGCCUCGUCAAGAGUCGUCGCUCCAGCGCCUGGGGUUCUACCCAAUCCCCUAAUUGACGACCUCAAGAAAACCCACUUGAACAAAGGAGUUUUGAUACCUCUCAAGACAACUCAAGAAGUUCGUCAAGAUCACGCCAUAGUCCAUGCCUACAUCACUCGAGCUCCAACCAAGUCGGCAAACGAAGUCAUCACCGCUUUGCGAGGAUUACGGCCUGAAGGUGGUGCUAAUCCCCUACCGCAUCUCCGUACUUGUGCAAAGCCGGCAGAUUUACCUGCUCAUCUCAAGACCCAGUUCAUGAAUGACGAUGCGGUGGGACGUCAGAUUCACACGUCAAAAUCCACAUGGAUAUACAUCAUUGCUGGGGAGAGGUCCGACAUCAACAAGGAGGAUCUGCUCCAAUCUCUUCUGUCAAUAGAGGCAUUGGAGAAGAGUCCGUUCAUUGCAACAAUACCGAUCCCCCUGCUGGCGCCCACUUCGCAAGUGCAAGCUGCCAUGUGGUCGGCUCAGUUUUGGCCGACUGUCUACCGCAAGAACAACCCUCUUGGCCCCCACCCUAGCAUGGUGGCCCGUGGAACCGACGAAAUCAAGCAAGACGCGUCAUUGUGGAUGGCUUUGGCACAUCGAGUAGCUCUGCAAGCCAAGGAGUCUGGAAUCGGGGAGGCUAUGGGAGCAGUGAUUGUCCAGAGAGGAGAGCGCGGAGCCGAGCUGGUUGGUCUUGCUGGUGACGCCCGUAAGCACCAGGAAUGUUACGGAGCAAACCUGAACAAUACGAUGACGCACUGCGUGCUUCGAGCCAUCAGCAUGGUGGCGCAGAAGCUGGUCCGGCACGAGCAUCGGGCGAGCGGCAUCAGCGCAGAUAGGGCGUGCUUGCAGUACGACUGUUUCCAAGACCAACCGCUCAUAGAGGUGGAACGUCAAUGCUUCGAACAGGAACACCCAAACAAGGACGGAUAUCUCUGCCACGGACUGGAGCUGUACGUGACGCACGAACCAUGCAUUGCCUGCUCCAUGGGAAUACUGCAUUCUCGAAUGGGCAAGGCGGUAUUCUGCCACCACAUGGCCCGAACUGGUGGGUUGAGUUCUGAUGAUCGUCCGGAUGGAGGUGGACGAGGGUUGGGAUUGUUUUGGAGACGGGAGCUCAACUGGAGCCUGUUGGCUUGGGAAUGGGAACGUGAAAACGUACCUCCUCUCCCUCUCAUCGACCCAACCACUCACGUUUAG